AUCUUAUAUAAAAGAAGCGAAACGCGGUUUUAAAAUCCUCCUUCGAUCAUUCAAUCAUCUUCGAGAAUUAUCAUCCCCAACCCAAUCUUGUCUGAUCUCCAUCUUCGAUCUACGUUGACAAUCUUGAUUGCAUCGUUCAUUACAAAAUAAUCACAGGUUUGUUUUUGAGUUUUCAAGAUGCCGGCCACCGCAGGAAGGGUUCGUAUGCCAGCAAACAACCGGGUGCACAGUAGUGCCGCCUUGCAAACCCACGGUAUAUGGCAGAGUGCUAUCGGAUACGACCCUUACGCCCCUAACAAAGAAGACAACAAGAAAUCAGCUCAGCCUCAAACCUCAAACGCAGAGCCUGAGGGUGAAAACGCUUACGCUAGCUUCCAAGGGUUACUUGCCCUUGCCCGGAUCACGGGGUCCAAUGCUGACGAGGCACGUGGGUCCUGCAAGAAAUGUGGUCGUGUGGGCCAUUUGACUUUUCAGUGCAGAAACUUUUUAAGCAUCAAGGAAGAUAAAGAGAAAGAUCCAGAAGCUAUUCAGGCUGCUGUGAUGUCAGGGUUAGAGAAAAUUAAAGGGAACGGGAAAAGAACUGUUAACGAGAGUUCAGACGAGAGUGAGGAAGAGGACAGUGAGAGUUCAGACUCCGAUUAUGAUUCCGAGAUUGAACGGGCUAUAGCUGCGAAAUACGGGAAAAAGUUGACCAAGUCAAAGUCUUCGAGAAAGAAGAAAGAUGAUGACUCAGAUGAUACUUCAGAGGACGAUGAGAGGAAAAAAAGAGGUAGGUCGAAGAAGAGAAGCGUUAAUAGGAGGAAAGAAAAGAAGAGGAGAAAAGAUGAGUCGUCUGAUGAUGAUGUGGACCGUCGAUCACGUAGGAGGAAGAGCAGGAAGGAGAAAAGGAGAAGGAGAAGCCAUCGGGAUCUGGAUGAUUCUGACAGCUCUGAAGAUUUGGGUAGACGCAAGAGGAGAAGCAACAGACGGUCUGAUUCUGAUUCGGAUGGCAGCAGCUCUGACGAUUCCCGGGUCGGGAGGGACAAAAGGCGGUCCGAUAGGAGGAGCAGGAAGUAGUACUCGCGAUCAUCGAAGGAAGUUGAAGCUUUAAUUAGCAUGGUGAUCUAUUGAUGAAGACGGUUAAAUCUAUUGUGGCAUGUAAACUUGUUAAACAAUAAACUACUGUUAUCUACUUGUGUUUUUCCGUGAUGGAAAUUGUAUGUUACUAAUGCUUGUUUAAUUAUGUGCUCUUUCAGAUUUUCAGUGUACAAAUUUCAUUAACAUCAUUCAGCUUUUUUCUAACUUUAAAAGAGUUUUAUCAUCA